CACCCACCCCUCGGUCAGGAAAUGUGAGCGGGGCUGAUGGAAGCUGAUAGGCAGGGCUGGAGUGUUAGCACCAGGACUGGAUGUGACAGCAGGCAGAAGAGCACUUAGCAGCUUAUUCAGUGUCCGAUUCAGAUUCCGGCAAGGAUCCAAGCAUGGAAUGCUGCCGUCGGGCAACUCCUGGCAUACCGCUCCUCCUUCUGGCUUUCCUGCUCCUGAGCUCCAGGGCAGCACGCUCCGAGGAAGACCGCGAUGGCCUAUGGGACGCCUGGGGCCCGUGGAGCGAGUGCUCACGCACCUGCGGCGGAGGGGCCUCCUACUCCCUGAGACGCUGCCUCAGCAGCAAGAGCUGUGAAGGAAGAAAUAUUCGAUAUAGGACAUGCAGUAACGUGGACUGCCCACCCGAAGCAGGUGAUUUCCGAGCUCAGCAAUGCUCUGCUCAUAAUGAUGUCAAGCACCAUGGCCAGUUUUAUGAAUGGCUUCCUGUGUCUAAUGACCCCGACAACCCCUGUUCACUAAAGUGUCAAGCCAAGGGAACAACCCUGGUUGUUGAACUAGCACCGAAGGUGUUAGAUGGAACUCGUUGCUAUACCGAAUCACUGGAUAUGUGCAUCAGUGGUUUAUGCCAGAUCGUUGGCUGUGACCACCAGCUGGGAAGCACCGUCAAGGAGGAUAACUGUGGGGUCUGCAAUGGAGAUGGGUCCACCUGCCGGCUGGUCCGAGGGCAGUAUAAAUCCCAGCUCUCUGCAACUAAAUUGGAUGACACCGUGGUUGCCAUUCCCUACGGAAGCAGACACAUUCGCCUUGUCCURAAAGGACCUGAUCACUUGUAUUUGGAAACCAAAACCCUCCAAGGGGCUAAAGGUGAAAACAGCCUUAGCUCUACAGGCACAUUUCUCGUGGACAAUUCUACUGUGGACUUCCAGAAAUUUCCAGACAAAGAGAUUCUGAGAAUGGCUGGACCACUGACAGCAGAUUUCAUCGUCAAGAUCCGUGACUCAGGGCCCACAGAUAGCACGGUCCAGUUCAUCUUCUACCAGCCUAUCAUCCACCGGUGGAGGGAGACGGAUUUCUUCCCCUGCUCAGCAACCUGUGGAGGAGGUUACCAGCUGACAUCGGCUGAGUGUUAUGAUCUCCGGAGCAACCGUGUGGUUGCAGAUCAGUACUGUCACUAUUACCCAGAGAACAUCAAACCCAAACCCAAGCUUCAGGAGUGUAACUUGGAUCCUUGUCCAGCCAGUGACGGAUACAAGCAGAUCAUGCCUUAUGACCUCUACCAUCCCCUUCCUCGGUGGGAGGCCACCCCGUGGACCGCCUGCUCCUCCUCGUGUGGGGGGGGCAUCCAGAGCCGGGCAGUUUCCUGUGUGGAGGAGGACAUCCAGGGGCAUGUGACUUCAGUGGAAGAGUGGAAAUGCAUGUACACCCCUAAGAUGCCCRUCGUGCAGCCCUGCAACAUUUUUGACUGCCCUAAAUGGCUGGCACAGGAGUGGUCUCCGUGCACAGUGACAUGUGGCCAGGGUCUCAGGUACCGUGUGGUUCUCUGCAUCGACCACCGAGGAAUGCACACGGGAGGCUGCAGCCCCAAAACAAAGCCCCACAUAAAAGAGGAAUGCAUCAUACCCACUCCCUGCUACAAGCCCAAAGAGAAACUUCCAGUAGAGGCCAAGCUACCGUGGUACAAGCAAGCUCAAGAGCUAGAAGAGGGAGCUGCUGUGUCAGAAGAGCCCUCGUUCAUCCCAGAGGCCUGGUCAGCCUGCACAGUCACUUGUGGUAUGGGRACCCAGGUGCGAGUAGUCAAGUGCCAAGUGCUCCUGUCUUUCUCUCAGUCCGUGGCUGACCUGCCGGUGGAUGAGUGCGAAGGGCCCAAGCCAGCAUCCCAGCGUGCCUGUUAUGCAGGACCGUGCAAUGGGGAAAUUCCUGAGUUUAACCCGGACUCCACAGAUGGGCUCUUGGGUGGCCUGCAGGAUCUGGAUGAGCUGUAUGACUGGGAGUAUGAAGGGUUCACCAAGUGCUCCGAGUCGUGUGGAGGAGGUGUCCAGGAGGCUGUAGUGAGCUGCCUGAACAAACAGACUCGGGAGCUUGCUGAUGAGAACCUGUGUGUGACCAGCCGCCGGCCCCCACAGCUCCUAAAAUCCUGCAAUUUGGAUCCUUGCCCAGCAAGGUGGGAAAUUGGCAAGUGGAGUCCAUGUAGUCUCACCUGUGGUGUAGGCCUGCAGACCAGAGAUGUCUUCUGCUCUCACCUGCUCUCCAGAGAAYUGAAUGAAAUGGUAAUCCUGGCUGAUGAUCUGUGUCGCCAUCCUAAACCCAGCACGGUGCAAGCUUGCAACCGCUUCAAUUGCCCCCCAGCAUGGUACCCUGCACAGUGGCAACUGUGUUCCAGGACAUGUGGUGGAGGUGUUCAGAAACGUGAGGUUCUUUGCAAACAGCGCAUGGCUGAUGGUAGCUUCCUGGAGCUUCCAGAGACCUUCUGUUCGGCCUCCAAACCGACUUCCCAGCAAGCCUGCAAGAAAGAGGACUGCCCCAGUGAGUGGCUCCUCUCAGACUGGACAGAGUGUUCCACGAGCUGCGGGGAGGGUACCCAGACUCGAAGUGCCAUUUGCCGGAAGGUGCUGAAAACCGGGGUCUCCACAGUUGUCAAUUCCACCCUGUGCCCUCCCCUGCCUUUCUCUUCCUCCAUCAGGCCCUGCAUGCUGGCAACCUGUGCAAGGCCUGGGCGGCCAUCCACAAAGCACAGUCCUCACAUCGCAGCUGCGCGGAACGUUUACAUCCAGACUCGCCGGCAGAGGAAGCUGCACUUCGUCGUGGGUGGGUUUGCUUACCUGCUUCCGAAGACGGCCGUGGUGCUCCGGUGCCCCACGCGCAGGUUCCGCAAGCCCCUCAUCACCUGGGAGAAAGAUGGCCAGCAUCUCAUCAGCUCCGCCCACAUCACAGUGGCACCUUUUGGCUACCUGAAGAUCCAUCGUCUCCGGCCCUCAGAUGCGGGCAUCUACACCUGCUCUGCAGGACCCGCCCGGGAGCAGUUUGUGAUUAAGCUCAUUGGAGGCAAUCAUAAGCUUGUGGCCCGGCCCCUGAGCCUGCGGAGUGAGGAGGAGGCCCUGGCAGUGAGGAAGGUCAGCCCCAAGGAGGCCCUGCAGACCCAUAAGCACCAGAACGGGAUCUUCGCCAAUGGCAGCAAGGCUGAGAAGCGGGGCCUCCCUGCUGACCCAGGGAGCCGCUACGAUGACAUUGUCUCCCGGCUGCUGGAGCAGGGGGGCUGGCCCGGAGAGCUCCUGACUUCCUGGGAGGUGCAGGACUCCAUGGAAAGAAACACGUCCUCAGAGGAGGACCCGAAUGCCGAGCAGGCCCUUCUGCACCUGCCCUUCACCAUGGUGACUGAGCAGAAGCGCCUGGACGACAUCCUCAGGAACCUCUCCCAGCAGCCUGAGGAGCUGCGCGACCUCUACGGCAAGCACCUGGUGGCCCAGCUGGCCCAGGACAUCUUCCGUAGCCACCUUGAGCACCAGGACAUGCUCCUCAAGCCCUCCGAGCAGAGGUUUCCCCCCGUGGCCAUCCCUCCUCAUAAACAUGUGUCUGGCUUCAGCAGCUCCUUAAGGACCUCCCCCGGGGAGGCUGGGGGCGGCUCUCGCCGGCCACACCGCAAGCCCACCAUCUUACGGAAGAUCUCAGCUGCCCAGCAGCUGUCUGCCUCGGAGGUGGUCACUCACCUUGGGCAGACUGUGGCGCUGGCCAGCGGGACACUGAGUGUGCUGCUACACUGUGAGGCCAUAGGCAACCCAAGGCCUACCAUCAGCUGGGCCAGGAACGGGGAAGAGGUUCAGUUCAGUGACAGGAUUCUUCUUCAGCCAGAUGAUUCCUUACAGAUCUUGGCACCAGUGGAAGCUGAUGUGGGUUUCUAUACUUGCAAUGCCACAAAUGCCCUAGGAUAUGACUCUGUCUCCAUUGCCGUCACAUUAGCAGGAAAGCCGCUAGUGAAAACAUCGCGAAUGACCGUGGUCAACACAGAGAAGCCUGCAGUCACUGUGGACGUAGGAAGCACCGUCAAAACAGUGCAGGGAGCAAAUGUGACAAUUAAUUGCCAAGUCGCAGGUGUGCCUGAAGCUGAAGUCACUUGGUUCAGGAAUAAAAGCAAACUGGGCUCCUCUCACCAUCUGCACGAGGGCUCCUUGCUGCUCACAAAUGUGUCCUCCUUGGAUCAGGGCCUGUACUCCUGCAGAGCAGCUAAUGUUCAUGGAGAGCUGACCGAGAACACCCAGCUCCUGAUCCUAGAUCCCCCCGACGUCCCCACACAGUUGGAAGAUAUCAAGGCCUUGCUCUCAGCCACUGGACCGAACCUGCCUUCAGUGCUGACAUCUCCUCUGGGAACACAGCUGGUCCUGGAUCCUGGGAAUUCCGCUCUCCUUGGCUGCCCCAUCAAAGGCUAUCCCACCCCCAAUAUCACCUGGUUCCAUGGUGGUCAACCAAUUGCCACCACCACAGGACUGACACAUCACAUCCUGGCAUCUGGACAGAUCCUUCAGGUUGCAAAUCUCAGUGGUGGUUCUCAAGGGGAAUUCAGCUGCCUUGCGCAGAAUGAGGCAGGGAUGCUGGUGCAGAAGGCGUCUUUGGUCAUCCAAGAUUACUGGUGGUCCGUGGACAGACUGGUGACCUGUUCAGCAUCUUGUGGCAACAGGGGUGUUCAGCAGCCCCGCCUGAGGUGUCUACUGAAUAACACAGAAGUGGAUCCUGCUCACUGUGCAGGGAAAGCCCGCCCUGCUGUGCAGCCCAUUGCCUGCAACCGGAGAGACUGCCCUUCCCGGUGGAUGGUGACUUCCUGGUCUGCCUGUACCCGGAGCUGUGGCGGAGGCAUCCAGACACGCAGAGUUACCUGUCAGAAGCUGAAAGCCUCUGGGAUCUCUACUCCCGUGUCUAACGACAUGUGUACCCAGCUAGCCAAACGGCCUGUGGACACCCAGGCCUGUAACCAACAGCUGUGUGUGGAGUGGGCCUUCUCUAACUGGGGCCAGUGCAAUGGGCCUUGCAUCGGGCCUCGCCUAGCUGUGCAACACAGACAAGUCUUCUGCCAGACGCGGGAUGGCAUCACCCUACCAUCAGAGCAGUGCAGUGCCCUUCCCAGGCCCGUGAGCACCCAGAACUGCUGGUCAGAUGCCUGCAGCGUACACUGGAGGGUUAGCCUGUGGACCCUGUGCACGGCAACCUGUGGCAACUAUGGCUUCCAGUCCCGGCGGGUGGAGUGUGUGCAUGCCCGCACCAACAAGGCUGUGCCUGAGCACCUGUGCUCCUGGGGGCCCCGGCCCGCCAACUGGCAACGCUGCAACAUCACUCCAUGUGAAAACAUGGAGUGCAGAGACACCACCAGGUACUGCGAGAAGGUGAAGCAGCUGAAGCUCUGCCAACUCAGCCAGUUCAAAUCCCGCUGCUGCGGAACUUGUGGCAAAGCGUGAAGACAGGGCACGGGGAAGAACUCUCCCUGGCCACACAAAGGACUCACGCAACCACCUGGG